AUGCUGUCUCAAGCCAGGAUCAUCUUCCGCAAGCUCCGUGGUAGUAGCAGCCGUGGCAGCGAGCCCCCGACAGCAGAGAGCGGAAUUGUUGACCCAUCCCCUCGCGCCAUCCAUGUCAGCGACGUGAGGCGGUCACCCACCAAGCCACCCCGCAAGCCCGGUUCCGAUGCACAGUCCAUAUCCAUUAUCAUCAUGAAUGCCAAAGGCGCCGCCGACUACUUGAAGCUGUACAGGCUACUCCAGAGAGAGAAGGGAUACGGCGAGUUCGACCCUACAGGCGACUUCGAGACAGAUUACCUUUGUGACGGUUACGUCUACAAUGUCCGCUUUAUCCCGCCCAGCGCCCCGGUGUCUAGCGUAGCGUACUCCUGCCUCAUGCAGCAUGUCUGCCUCGUCUUCACGUACAGCGCUUCAUCGCGGGAAUCGUGGGACGAAGUAGUCGCCGCCUGCGAGAGGAUGCGCAACCGCUGCGAAGAUGGGGUCCUCCCCUUUCUUGCGACAAUGAUUGCUGCCAUGGGUGAAGGUGAAGGUGAAGCCUCCGUGUCGCAUGCGGAAGCCGAGGCGUUUGCAACCCAGCGGGACUAUCUCUUUGUCAAGUUCUCGCCUGCAACUGGGCGCGGCAUGUGCGAUGCGGUUGGCUCGCUAGUUGAGCUGGCGCACGGCGCUCGUGAUCAAUAUACUAUGGAUAAGGAGGGUUAUACCCAGAGGUACAAGAGGGCGGAAACAUUUCAGGCAAUAUUUCCCAGCUCGGGAUGCCCAGCUCAAGACUGA